GAUAGCUCCAGAUCACUUCCAUCAUUUCCAUGCAUUUUUUUGUUUGGUUUCUUUUUUCCAAACAGUUUGUGCUGUGGUCACUAGAGUCUUUGCAAAGAUGGGGAAGUUCUCCCAAAUGAGCUUCCACUCUAGAGGAAAGGGGAGGCUCUGCUGCCUGGUGUCCAUGGAGGAGACAUCUGGUGAGGGUUAUUGAGCAGAGAUGGCAUCAAAGGGAGUAUCUAAAGGAGGUGUAUUUAUUUCCAUGCACCGUUUUCCCUGGUGCAUGUUGGGGUGCUCUGAGAGAAAACCAGUGCUUGAGAGCAUCCUUCCUGGGGCAAUUUGCCAAAGCCUUGAAGUCUCUGAUGACCUGGGUCUCACUGGAUCUGCCAGCCCCCAUCUGUACCCAUCCCUACUCACAUGUUUAGGGGCAGUUACGGACUCAUUGGAGAGCUUCCCACACCAUCCACUGUGGUCACAAUUGCCACACCAAGCUGGCACAGUGCUUUAGACCACACUUCCCCAGAAAGCAUGAAUUACUCCCUCGAGAGUAUGAAUUAUUAGCACAGAAAAAGAUUUUCUUGACGUCAUGAGGUACGCUGCAAAGGGUCUGUCUUCUCUCCGGCUGCCUAUCUUUGGAUGACCUGGAAUAAUCAUGGCGAUUUACUCCUCUACCCUUAGGGAACUUGCUUCUGCAAUCAAUAAAUGUGAAGGAAUUGGUUCAUGCCUUAGAGGUGGCCAAGGACAAGGCAGCCUGAUGCCAGUUGGGUGGGAGAAAGGGGGUGUCUGUGAGUCUGAACCCCAAGAGAAAUGGCACCGUGGUCCUUCUCGUGCAACAGCCACCCAGCUUCAACACUUCCACCUCAGGCUCAUGGUUACUGCAAGAAUCAGCUCAAAACUACCUCUGUGAGCUCAGUAUUUUUUCCAUGUUUGUCCCCCUUUUUGACUAUAUUUUGCUCCAGGCUUGUUACUUCUGCUGCAGCAACACAGCCCUGAAACAUGGCGUUGGCUGGAGCAUUUCCAUUCCCAACCCUCAACUGGAGUUAACGUUGUGUCUCGCCUCCCCACCAGCCACGGGUUCUGCUGCGGCCAGUCUUUCUGCACUUUCUGAUUCAAAAUCCUACUCAAAAAUCUUGUUUGGGGGGCAAAGAGGAAACUCGCCUCAUGUUUGGUCCCAUUGCUGCUUCUUUGCUGCAGGUUUUUCUAAUACUACCAGGCACAAUCUCUCACUCUUUCUGCCUUGUCACCCUCCUUUUCUGUCUUUUCCUCAUUUCUUUUAAUUUAGCAAAGGAAACAGCAUGCCUUGGCUCAAGGUGGUUCGCUUGCAUUGUUGAAAAUACCUCCAAGAGAGGCUAGGGACUUUUGCUGCCCCAAAAUACAUUUCUCCGCUUUCAUGACACAAUUUUACAACUUCAGACCUUCCUCUGAAACCCCACAAAGCCCUCAUGUUGUGGUUAAUUUGGCUUUUAAUUCCUGUUUUUCACUCAUAAUUGUGUAGAUUUGUUCACUUGCUUUCUAAUGCUCUAUAACUGUCUUAAGGCUGCAGCUCCUUCCCAAAUUUUGCCCUCUUCUAGCUCGUUCAGUAGUUUCUGUUUCAGUUUCUGGUUCUGCAUUUCCUGUCUUUGUAUCCUGAUUCUCCCUCCCCAGCCCGCUUGCUAACCACCCUGCCCACACUUUCUGGGAGAGCAAUUGGAACUUGGCAGUUUUCUUUAAUUCUGCAAAUUCUUGCUCAGCCUGCUUGAUGCUUUUGCAAGGAUCCCGGUCCCGAGGGUUUGGUCCCCACUGAAUAACCCCAUUCCUCAGCUCUGAGGUUUCUUCUGAAAACGCAGCAGGGGAUGAGUGUGUGGUCUGGGGUCAGGCUGCUUUUGCUCCUGAUUGUCAUGUUUUAUUUUAUUUUGUUUUUCUUGGUAGCCUUACAAACACCCCUGGCUUUCUGUGGUUUUGCAGAAAAACCUGCCCAGAAAGGACAGCUGCCUGCACCCUCCACCCAUUUAUUAUGCUCAAAAUCUUGUUUCUGGGCAAAGAGAAUGCACACCUGGCUUAUAAAUAAAGGCAAGAACUUAGUAUAACCAAAAUCACAAAGGCCUUAUUAUUAGUCCAGCUCUAAUCAUAACAGGAAAAGAAGGAAUAAUGCAGUUAACAUUCCACGCAUCUCAUGCUUUCUACCUCUUUUCCUGGGGUUGUACUUGCACCUCGUCCUGCUCCUCGGGGUCCUGAGCUCAAGGGUUUCAUUUUGGUGUCACUGGGAUGUUAUAGCUCAUUUUUCUAUGUCUGCUAAUGUUACAAAUGUUAUCUGCUUUAGCAAACAUAUUUUCUUUUGCACCUGUGCUCAUUCUUUUUUGGUCGGCAGCACUUUGUUGCAUCUGUAUUUGUUAUAUACGGUGGUUCUUAUGCAUGUUAGAUGCUAUUUCUUUGCUCUCCUUGUUACUCCUAAACCACCUUUGCCCAACUUUGUGUUUCUUUAACUGCCCGUGGGUGAGGUGCUCGAAGUGACGUGGUUGCCAGUGCCAAGGCAGUGCCCCCUCAUUACAGUCCCAUGUCUGGGCUUUUCCAUGUCACUACUUUGCAAGGCCUCUGCUAUGGUGCCAGGCUCCGCUUCUGUGCUCGAGUGAUAAAACCAGGGUGUCCCCACACCAAGAUGAGUAAAAUUAAAGCAAAUCACCAGCUGGUCCCUUAGCAAAAUUGCUGCCACCGUUCAGCCAGGUGGAGCAAGGCAAGGAAGGAUCUGUCCGAGCUGCUGAGCUACAGGAUGUGGCUCUAAUCUCCCCGCACAGCCAGGCUGGGAAGUGCAGCAGUAAUGUCCCUGCCCACUCGAUAACUUUAAUCUUUAUUUUUUAUCUGCGGCAAGUGCAGAAGAGGCAAAGACAUUUCUUUAGUGGCAACCAUGACUCAUGAAUGGAAAGUCACCAAACACUCAAAAAUUGGAGAGCUUAAGAAGUAACCGCAGUUUCUGGGAGCACCAAACUGGUGCGGGGAAGAUGUGGUUUCUCUCCUUCUAUGGGAGCUUCGACAUCAAGUCUCCUCUGCCUGGUUUCAUCAUGUAUUUCACAGCAUCUCUCGUUCAAAAGCUGGAAGCAGCCCCAUUUGUGCUGGUGGGACCCACCAGCCCCGUGGCAGCGGUUGCGGGCCAGGGCGUCAUGUUGCCCUGCAGCUUGCAUCCCCGGAGGAACGCUGCCAACAUGACAGUGAGGUGGACCCGAGUCGCUGACGUCGUGCACCACUACAGUAGUGGGCAGGACCAGUAUGAAGAGCAAGGGCUGAGCUACCACGGGAGGACAGGGCUGUCCAAAGAGGGUCUCGUGAGUGGGAGCAUGGCGCUGCACAUCGUCGCGGUCAGGCCGGCCGAUGAAGGCCAGUACGUCUGUUUUGUUCAGGAUGGUUCUGAUUAUGAACGUGCCACGUUGACACUGGAAGUAGCAGCUCCCUUUUACCUAGGAGUGUUUCCCUGGAUGGUGGCUCUGAUUGUGACCCUGGUGGCUUGGACAGGGUCCCUUGUCCUCAUCGCUUACCUGCUUAAAACUAAAGCAAGACAGUCCGCAGAAUGGGGCAAAGAAGCUGCUGAACUUGAGUGGAGGAGAUGCAUCAUGCCCAUCCAGAAAGCCCACGUGACAUGGGAUCCAGACACAGCUCACCCUCUCCUCUGCCUCUCUGCAGACAGGAGACGUGUGGAACGGAGGGAGGCACCACAGCUUUUGCCCCAGUGCCCGGGGCGAUUCAACACGGAGCGCUGCGUGCUGGGAAGUGAGGGCUUCACUGGGGGGCGGCACGCUUGGGUGGUGGAGGUGGCAGAGGGAGGACACUGGUGGGCAGUGGGGGUUGCCGCCAGGUCCGUGAGGAGGACAGGGAGCUUUUCCUUCAGCCCCGAGGGCAAGAUCUGGGCGGUGGGGAAACUCAUGGGCCGCCAACGAGUCUUCACCGCUCCUCACCCCACACCACUGCCACUGGACCGUGUCCCCCAGAGGAUCCAGGUUCUUCUGGACUACACUACGGGGCAGGUGGUGUUCUCCGAUGCUGAUAGUUGGGCCAUGAUCUUCAUUUUCCCUCUGUUCCUGCCAGCCAGAGAGAGGCUCUACCCUUGGCUCUGGCUGGGGGAGGCUGGAACCCACCUUGGGGUCUGCACCUGAGGCAGAAGGAGAAACUGUCUUCUCAGCACCAACCAAACAGAAACUGGAGGCCAGCACGUGCUUUUUUCCAUCCUGUUGGACAAUGUCCCAUCU